AUGCAUAUUUGCGAUCUGGUGGCCACUAUCAUCGAAACUUUUGCUGGCACCAGUACACCACAAACCAACCGACAAAACCAACUCCUUGACGCCGCCUUUGUUGUCUACGAAACCAUCUAUUGCUACGACCAGGGAGUUUUACUGCAACCCGACUUUCCAAAACCAUUUUGUAUUAGACAUCCUAGCCUCCUUGACGUCUUAAAAUACUCAAUGAAAAUGGAAAAGAAGUGUAAGAUAAUAGAAGAGGCAAAGAAGAUGAUAAUCUUGAUUGAUGAGAAUGGAAUCUGUGUUGGUGUUGGUCUCCCACCUUACCCUGCCCCACCGAAGGAUUCUAAACACAUUGCACAUGAUCCUGAACUCCAAAACAAAAGGUGA